GGGGAAGGUAGUUCCUGGAGGAACUGGGCGGCCGCCGUGAUUAGGGGCGGGGCGAUCAGCUGCUCCCGGCGCUGCGGGACGGGUGUGUGGGUGCUUCAGUCGCUUGCGGGAGGUGAUCUAACUUCUCUGAGACUGGAGUCCCAUGUCAUGCUAAUGUACAGGUUUGCAACUUCUUUUGGCUCAAGUGUUGCACCUGGCAUGCCGAAGAUUGAGCUCCAAAAUUAUUGAAGAUUUAAGAUGGAUUUCUCUAAACUUCCCAAAAUCCGUGAUGAAGAUAGAGAAAACUUGUUUGGCUAUGUCUAUGGAGUCUCAGGGCCUGUGGUCACUGCUUGCAACAUGGCAGGAGCAGCUAUGUAUGAACUGGUACGAGUUAGCAAUAGUGAACUUGUAGGAGAGAUUAUCCGGUUGGAGGGUGACAUGGCGACUAUCCAGGUGUAUGAGGAAACUUCUGGUGUUUCAGUUGGAGAUCCUGUGCUUCGCACUGGCAAGCCACUCUCUGUGGAACUUGGCCCUGGUAUCAUGGGAGCCAUUUUUGAUGGUAUCCAAAGGCCUUUGUCAGACAUUAGUAGUCGGACGCAAAGUAUAUACAUCCCCAGAGGAGUAAAUGUGACAGCUCUGAGUAGAGAUAUCAAAUGGGACUUCACACCUAUAAAAAACCUGCGGGUUGGCAGCCACAUCACCGGUGGAGAUAUCUAUGGCCUGGUGAAUGAGAAUUCCCUUAUCAAACACAAAAUCAUGUUGCCCCCACGAAACAGAGGUACAAUAACGUACAUUGCUCCACCUGGAAAUUACGAUGCAUCUGAUGUUGUGUUGGAGCUAGAGUUUGAGGAUGUGAAGGAAAAAUUUUCAAUGGUCCAGGUCUGGCCUGUACGUCAGAUCCGUCCUGUCACAGAAAAGUUACCUGCAAAUCACCCUCUUUUAACUGGUCAGAGAGUCCUUGAUGCGCUGUUUCCGUGUGUUCAAGGAGGUACUACUGCUAUUCCUGGGGCGUUUGGCUGUGGAAAGACGGUUAUUUCCCAGUCCCUUUCCAAAUAUUCCAAUAGUGAUGUUAUUGUUUAUGUAGGCUGUGGUGAACGGGGAAAUGAAAUGUCGGAAGUGCUCAGAGAUUUUCCAGAGCUCACUAUGGAAGUUGAUGGUAAGAUAGAAAGCAUAAUGAAAAGAACUGCUCUUGUAGCAAACACUUCCAAUAUGCCUGUUGCUGCCAGAGAAGCCUCUAUCUACACUGGGAUUACUCUGUCUGAGUACUUUCGUGACAUGGGCUAUCAUGUCAGUAUGAUGGCUGACUCAACAUCCCGAUGGGCAGAAGCUCUUCGAGAAAUUUCAGGGCGGCUUGCUGAAAUGCCUGCUGAUAGUGGUUAUCCAGCCUAUCUUGGUGCCCGUCUGGCCUCUUUCUAUGAACGGGCUGGUAGAGUGAAGUGUCUGGGAAAUCCAGAAAGAGAAGGAAGUGUUAGCAUUGUUGGAGCCGUAUCUCCUCCUGGUGGUGACUUCUCUGACCCAGUUACUUCUGCUACUCUGAGUAUUGUCCAGGUGUUCUGGGGCUUGGAUAAGAAGCUUGCUCAACGUAAACAUUUCCCAUCUGUGAAUUGGCUCAUUAGCUACAGCAAAUAUACACGUGCUUUGGAUGAAUACUAUGACAAGCAUUUCCCUGAGUUUGUUCCCUUGAGGACUAAAGCAAAAGAGAUUCUGCAGGAAGAGGAGGAUCUUGCAGAGAUUGUACAAUUGGUGGGGAAGGCUUCUUUGGCAGAAACAGAUAAAAUCACACUGGAAGUUGCCAAGCUAAUUAAAGACGAUUUCCUGCAACAGAAUGGUUAUACCCCAUAUGACAGGUACUGCCCAUUUUAUAAGACUGUGGGGGUACUAUCCAACAUGAUUGCAUUUUAUGACAUGGCACGCCGAGCAGUUGAGACUACUGCCCAAAGUGACAAUAAGAUUACAUGGUCCAUUAUCAAAGAGAACAUGAGCGAAAUCCUCUACCGACUCACAUCUAUGAAAUUCAAGGACCCAGCAAAAGAUGGAGAGGCAAAGAUCAAAGCAGACUAUGCCCAGCUCUUUGAAGACAUGCAGAAUGCAUUCCGCAGCUUGGAGGACUAGAAGUUCCCACCUUGGUGUUUCUCGUUUCAGUCUUCUCUUUUUCCAGUAGAAGAUAAAGAUAUACAUUACGUUGAAGAUUACUUAUAUCUUGAAAAACAUUCCUAUAUUGUUUGAUAGCUGUGUGUGUCUUUGUGCAAAUGUAAAGCAGAUUUUGUCAAAAUCCCAGUAAGGCUUGAAGUCUUCUCACCAGAUCUGACCCUUCAGCUGUUUCUCUCUUUGGAAGAGAAUUAAGAUUGUCAAAAUAUAGAUUUCUUCAGGGAGGAAAAAGGCAGUUGAACCAGUUUUCUACUGCAUGAUGUCAUGCAUGAUGCUUCAAAGGUAGUUUUACUUAUUCUUCAAUGCUGCUGUUACCUCUAUAAUCAAUUCAGAAUUAUAGAUCAAAAUAUUUUGGUACAAAGCUCUUCCCCAUUCUUCUUAAUGUGCUGAAAAAUCUUCAGGAUUAGAACUGAUGGUCAAAAAUGAUUCCCAACAGCAAUCUAUGCUCAACCAUUGUUAUUUAGGAAAUGUAACUGUAUGCCUUUUGAAUGUAUAUGCAGCUUGUUAAAUUAUUUUUUCUAUGCUUUUUAUGCAUGGAAAUUAUGGACCAGAAAAGAUCAACCCUUCUUUUAUUUCUGGCAAUGUUUGCUAUUUAGAACAGUACAUAUAUUUGAGCAAAUGUAACACUAUAAACUCUCAGAUGACAAUCAAAAUGAAAAUCCAUGGAAUAUAGCCCUAUGAAAGUUUUUAAAUUUGCUGAGGAAGAGAAUGUUGAUACCCAAAGCUUUAAUUUUACAAAGCUGCUAAUCCUUUCUCUUGCCUCUGCUUGUAAAGACCAUUGUGUAUAGUGAUGUUUUCUUACAGCAUUUUAACGGCACGUCUUGAUGCUCAUAUAUAAUUACAGUUUAAAUAAUGAGAAAGAUAAUCUUAAAGUUUCCUUGAUUAAACUUCCUAAUGUCAUUGUGACAUUGGUGCAAAAUAGACCACCCUGGCCAAAAUUAGUGUGUAUCUUUUCUGGAAUAUUUCCUUGCACCUUUGUAAAUGUAUUAUAAUAUGAAGUAUGAUUAUAAAUAAGAUACAAUAAAAACUGGAGACAAGGUUGCUAAAUACUAUAAUCAAGUAAUAUUGUUAUUUCCUCUUCUUGCCCACUUUAGCUGUAGAGAUGAUGGUCCUUCUGUUUCUAGUGUGGCAUCCAAUUGAUAGGUUUGGAGCCUACCAGAAACAUGCUAGGUUUUUUUCCUCAUUUAGGCAAUGCCAGUUAAAUUUAACAACUGCGUUUUAAAUUCUUUUCAGUUCUGUAUUCAGAAAGCUAAUUUUCUUUGUGCUGUGUUCAUAGAGCAUGAUAUAUGAAUGAUCAGCUCAAAGCUGUUUUGCUUCAGCUCUCUUGCUGAAAUCCUUAUUGACUCUAUUAUGUUGUAGCAUUCUAUGCAUAGGAAACUGAUUAACUACUUUAAUUUUACAUAAGAUGUGUUACACUGUUUUGUUCUGUUCCACCCCCCCCCCCUCUGCAAUUUAUUUUUGGAUAAGAAUGAAAAUUUAUCUUUGUGUCAGUGUUAGAAAAAGUGAUCUCAUGAUGUUAUGGUUCCAAAAGAGGAGGAACUUAUGGGGAGAAUGGCAUUGUAUCUAUGGCUUUGUGUAUAUUUGUUCAAAUCUUAAAGAAUACAGUUGUGUUGAUAAUAUGCUGUCCUUCAUCGUGGAGUAAAGGUUUGUAACCUUUUAAUUGGUGCAUUGUGUCUAGACAGACAUUACUGAAGUUAGUAAUGUAAUAAAAACAAAUAAACAUAAACUCUGCUUAGAUGA